CUCAAACUUAUCGAAUGUAUGCAGAUUGUGAAGACUAUCUGUCUUCUACAUCAACUUAAGAUGAUUAUGGAACAUUGAAUGUAAAAUUGAAGACAGAAUUCUGUAAAUAUUGGACUGAAGGAAAAUUAUGUCCAUAUGGCAAUAAAGUAAUUAAAUUUUUCUAGAUUGUUAGUGUUACUUUGCACAUGGUGAAGAUUAAUUGUUGUCAAAAGAUGUUCCUAAAAAUUAUAGAACUAAAGAAUGUAAAAAUUUUGAAGAAAUUUGGUGUAAAUAUGGCCAGAGAUGUUAAUUUUCACAUACACUGACCAAAUAUUAAAUGCCUUAACUAAAGUAUUGGACUUAAGUUGAGAAAAUUGAAGUGGGCUCUAUUAAAAAGAAGUAUCCAUUAUUUCUAAUAAAUUAGGCAUCGCUUAAAGAUAUUUAAAUCUAUAACCAGUGGAAUUUAUCAUAAACAAUAGAAACAAUUAUGAUUUUAUUUCUUAUUCCAUAC